AUAUACUUCCAUUAAUAUAUCGAUAUAUCGUUGCCAUCGCUACUACUGGGUCACUUUUAUAUUGACUGUCGCGCUGUCGCCCGUCGCCCUGUCGCGAUCUCGACACCGUGUCGACACCAUACAUACGUCUGUGCGCGACACUCGACACCGCAAAAUCGUGACACCGAAACAGCGAUAUCGCUUGAAGUAACGUAAAUACCUUAUGAUAAGACGUAUCUUAGUAGAAGUAAGUAGUUCGCAUAAUAAACAAGAUUAAUUUGUGUGUACCCUUAAUGUUUAGCAAAUGAAUAAUUUUGUUGGAAUUUUAAUUUAAAAUAUACACAUUUUUUUAAAAAAGUUAGUGUUAUUAUAGUAUCAGAGUUUUAACCAAUGUUUCUUCAAAGUGUCUCCCUAUUAAUUUCAAACAUAUCUAGUAUAACCGAGAUGCUUGGUUAUCAUUAAGAAAUGUGUAAUUUAACAACAUGGGGGAGAGAAAGAUGGCAUUAUUAAGUAGUUCGCAUAAUAGGAUAAAGAAAGACAUUUUUGCCAAUUAAAUAAGUUUGUUGGAUAAAGUACUUACUAACAACAUAUUAUCUAAUGUAAGUGAGAUGGGUGAACGUGGUUACCACUGAGAAAUUUGUACCUAGUAUAACAUAAACAAUAUGGAGGACAAACAGAUGUCAUUAUUAAGUGGUUCAGAUAAUAACCAGGAUAAAGAAAGAAAUUUAAAUAUUUCAGAACUACAAAAUGAAGAAAAUCUCAUAAAACAAAUAAAAUCGGACGAUGUCAGUCAAAGCGUAUCAGAAGAAAAAAUCACAAAAUCUAACGAUAUGAAUCAAAAGGAGGAAGAGGUUUCGCUGAUAAAUAAUAACGAUUUAACAAAAAAGGGAAAUGAUAAGUUAAAGAAUUCAUCUAUAACAAACGCAGAAAGAUGUCGUAAUUAUAGGCAACGUAUAAAAGCGUUAAAAAAGAAAUCAGAAAAUGAACAAAGUAAAAUCUGUGUAUCGAACGCAGAAAAAUGUCGCACGUACAGACAACGCAAAAAAAAUAAUGAAAUUAAAUUAUUAACUACUAUUAGUAAUAAUACUACUAAUAAUGAUGUCCUUAUUGUUGAAAAUCCUCCAUCCAAGAAUGCCUUACAUUGUCGACGAUAUCGAGAAAAGAAAGCUCGACUACGGGCCAUAGCAUUACUCACAACUGAAUCUUCGUUAGUAAAGGGUGAUGGUAAUAAUUUUUUUGUUGAGGAUGAGUGUUCCCCCAAAGCAGGAUCUAGUUCUACUACUUCAAGCAAUGGCGCUGCUGUUCUGGAAAGAGGAUUAUCGAAUAGAAAGCUAUCAGUUCCCUCUCCAAAGGAAAAUUGUCAAACAGAUGAAGAUAUUGAAAUCGAGGAGACCCACCUCGAAGUUAGUGAUAUCAAAGAGGAACACACAGAACACACUUUACCUGAUACUGUUGAACCGUCUUGCCCGGCCGUCACAAACCUCAACAGACUACACCCGUCGACUCUUGAACCGUCUUGUCCGGCCGUCACAAACCUCAACAGACUACACCCAUCGACUAUUGAACCGUCUUGUCCGGCCGUCACAAACCUCAACAGACUACACCCGUCGACUAUUGAACCGUCUUUCCCGGCCGUCACAAACCUCAACAGACUACACCCGUCGACUAUUGAACCGUCUUGUCCGGCCGUCACAAACCUCGAAAGACCACGCCCAUCGGUCACGCAAGAGGAUAGUCCAGGUGAAAAACCAUUUGAUAUUUUCGGAAAGUACGUGGCUGCGGAAUUACAUCAGUUGUCCGAACGACACGCCAUUCUGGUUCAGCAAGAAAUACAAAACUGCAUUACCAAAGCCAGAUUGGCAUGUUUGGACGAUAAAUCAAGUUCUCCGGUUGAGGUUAUGUACAUUGAUGUUAGACCUUCUAUAUCUUCGAAUUUGAUCGAGUCUACAUGUAAGGAUUCAAACGAUGCAGUUUUUAACAAUUAAAAAAUUCAGAUUAAUAAAAAUGUAUUUGAUUCACAACAGUAAAUCUAUUAAAUAAAUAGACUAUAAAGAAUAUACUAUUUUUAAUAUUCAUGUAUUAAAGAUGGAAAGGACGUGUGAUAACCAUUUAAAAAAAUAUAUGUUUCUAAUAAAACUAACAAAGUUAUAAUAAUUAUUUAAUAUCAAAAAUACCAGAUAUGCAAAUGGAACACCGAAGUUAAACUGAGUUAGCCAAAUUAUUUUUGACAAGUAGUAUCGAACAUGCAAGAAAAAUAUAUAACUAGUUAAUUCUUAGUGAAUUUCAUAAUUGAUUGGUUUGCUACACGUAACGUAGAGAGAUCUACAAUCUAUAAUAAACUUUUUUAAAGUCUUUUGAUAAGAAUUCUUGAUAAAGUCACUCCCAUCACUCCUAAUUUAAGUUCAGAUACAAGAUCCUCCUAGAUAACUACCUCUGAACAAAAGCAAUCGUAGACUAAAUAAAAUAAGCCCAUCAAAUCCGCAGAAUUUUAGAUCAAAUUCAAUAUGUCAAUUGAAACAAACAUGAAUGUCGAUUCCACCCUCUAAUGCAUGGAUUUAUAA